UCCAAUAUUGCAUGAACUCAACUCCCUCUCACAUUCCCAUUCUUCAUUUCUAAACCUAAACAUUUGAUUUCAAAAUCUCAAAACCAAAGAAAGGAAAAGAAAAUAUCUUUAAUGGGUAGAGAUCUUUGAGUUUCAUUUCACCCUUCCAAAAAUCCUCAAAAAAAAGGAAAAAAAAAAUGGGAUCUUCAGGCUAUAAUCUCAACCCUUUUCCUUGCUUUCCUCCUAAUUCCACUCCUUACAAUCUCCCUCUCUCCCUUCCUUCACUUCUCAACUCUGACCCUUUACUCCACAACACUUCCACUUCCAACUUCCAUCGACCCCAUCAAGAUCCAGUCUCAUUUCUAGCUCCCUAUUUCCCCAUCGGCCACUUCUCAGCGUUGACACCACCGGAGGCGGCCGUGAUCAAUUUUGCGGUAGCAGGGAACAACAUUCAAGCUCUUGGUGAUAUGAUCGUCCCGAGCGCUCCUGGGGCAGUGACUGCAACGGGGAAGAAGGAUCGGCAUAGCAAGAUUUACACUGCACAGGGUUUGCGGGAUCGGAGAGUGAGAUUGUCCAUUGAUAUAGCUCGCAAGUUCUUUGAUUUGCAGGACAUGUUAGGGUAUGACAAAGCAAGCAAAACCCUAGAGUGGCUUUUUAGCAAAUCCAAAAAAGCAAUUAAAGAUCUUUCAAGGACCAAGUAUGGAAAUGUUGUGGUUCAUGGAGGGGCUAAAAAAAUGUCUUUGGCUACUUCAGAUGUUGAAGAAGAAGAAGAAGAUGAUGAUGAUGAUAAAGAAGGAUGGAGGCUGAAGAUGAAAUCAAUGUUGAGCAUUGACGAAGAGAUUAAAGAACAAAUGAGUGAAAAAGCUGAAGUUUUUAAUCUUCUUGCUAAAGAAUCAAGAGCCAAGGCCAGGGCAAGAGCCAGAGAGAGAACCAUGGAGAAGAAGCAAGUUGGCGGUGAUGGUGACAGAGGAAAAAUUUUCGGUCAUCAAAAGAGCGGUGCCGAAGAAUUUUCGGAUCAUUGGAGUAAGCAUUUGAAUCAGAGAACUGAAACUUCAAAUCUGUCAAUGGAGGAAUCCUCCUUCAUGAAUAAGAGAAGGAUUUCUGCUAAGCAGUUCAUCGAUGACGACAACGACGGUGUGAAACCGUAUCGGGACGACCAUGCCGGAAUCUCUCAAUGGAAGCAUUUGGAACAGAUUAAGGGUUCUUCAAAAGGGCAUUUAGAAGAACCCUCCAUGAUCAAGAGGAAAUGGAGACCUUCCAUUAUUUCUGGCUCUUCUCAGAGAAAUCUACUCAUUUCCAUUGAUGGUAUUCCCAUUAACUUAACUCAAAAUUGGGAUACCAAUAGCAACACCAAUUAUCCUUUUGCCAAGUAAAAAAUUAUCAACAGGCAGUACUUGAGAGCUUAUUGCAAACCCUUAUUUGACGAAUCAAGAAUCAAAUGCAGCCCAA